GCUCGGAACGGUAGACGAGAGAGAAUCGCGACGCGUGGGUAGAGCGAGUGCAGUGUGCAGUGCGUGCGGGUCUUGUGUCGCUGAAAGCUCGCGGUACGAAGCCUCCGCCGACCGCCGACCGCGAGUGGCGGCCGCGCGACUCCGCUCCGCGUCAGUGCCGGCCCGGCCGUGCCGUAGGAAUCACGUUCCGGCAAACAUUUCGCUAUCAUUCUCCGCUGGACAGUGACAAGUCUCCGACGAUACCUCCGAUCCUGAACCGCUUGCCGAGAAGUGUUUGCGGAACUUUUCUUUUAGAGGAGAGUGCGAGGGUGGCAGAUGGAUCGAGGGCGCGCGGCGGCGGCGCUGCUCGCGUUGGCCGCGUGCAUCGCGUGCUCUACAGCAGCACCCACAUCAAGUGAAACAGCGCUCGAAAUUUCUGAAGGACCGUCCAGCGGCUGCUACUACAACUUUCAGCACUAUGGCGAGGGAGAUCGCAUCAUGACGAACGAGCCGUGCCUCAACUGCACCUGCCACAACCGGAUGCUGAUGUGCUACCUGCGGGUGUGCCCCUUCACCAAGCCCAUCGGCCAGGACUGUACCAUCGAGAAGCGGGCUGACCAGUGCUGCCCGAUCGUCACGUGCCCAGACGUUCCAGUUGACCUGCUCACAUCUACGUCGACAUCUUCGCCAGCUGAAUAUGGAGCAACUGGACUCGGCAAACUCGACAAGUACGGAUGCAGUAUAAACGGAAAAUACUUCCCCGAGGGUUCGAAGGUUCCGCCGUCGCCGAACAAGCCAUGCGAACAUUGCUAUUGUAUUCGAAAUAUGACAACGUGCGUCAUGCAAGAAUGUACUCUUCACGUUGAUGGCUGCACUCCGAUAUACCACAAAGACGUGUGCUGUCCAGUGCGAUAUUCUUGCGAUCAUCCUGAAGAUGAAAUACCGCUUUUGGAUGACAUGACUACAACGAUAAGGCCGACACCAGGAUUUUUGUUAACCACUACAACAAUGAUGCCUGUAACACAGCCUUCUCAAAAUUGUGUACACGACGAUCAAAUCGUUCCAGACGGUGCUCUUAUUAAAACUGAAAAAGCAUGUGAACACUGCUAUUGCAUGAAAGGCGAUAUUGUUUGCGUAGUUCAAGAAUGUGGUACACCAAUGGAAAAUGAAGGCAAAAAUUGUACAUCAUUACCGCCUCGUCAAGGACAAUGUUGUCCUGAUACUUACAUUUGCGAAGGAGACGAAGCCAGUACUGAAGAAACUACAGAAAUGCAAGAAAUAACGACUAGUCCUCCCAGAAGAUAUAGCGUAGAAGGCAGUGGAUAUAGAUUAGAACCGGAUGAAGCGUACACUGAAAUACCAUCAUUUGUAACAGAAGAAGAAGGCAGCGGAGAAGAACAUUUCAGUACUGUACCUGUCACAGACAAAUCAUUUGAAAAACCAACUCAAACAAAGGGAACUUCAACGACAUUUGAUGUUACAUACGAAACGAGUACAGAAAUUGAGCCAGUCACGAACAUUCCAGCGUUCGAAGAUUCUGAAAAACAUAAAGAUCAAGUAACUACUGAAGCAAUUCCUACUAUAAAAGAAGAAGAACAAGUCACUACAUCUCCCAAAGAGUAUGCAACAAGUGUAAAGGAAGAAGAUAAUUUGACAACUAAUACUUUUGAUACCUUGCCAGAAGAGAUUUUAACUACUGAAACACCCACGUUACAGGAUGUGGUUACAACUAAAGUGGAAAAAACAACUAGAGCGGAAGAUAUGUUAGAUGAAGCCACACUCAAAGAAGAUGAUUUAGUGCCUGAAAAGGAACACAAAGUACCAUUAGACGAGUAUACAUCCACUACUCCGGUAAUUGUCCAAGAUGAAAAGACAACUCAAUCACAAGAAUAUACUACCUUAUCAUCAGUAGAUAAAUUACAUACGGAUGAAAUCGUUACACCUGAAAUUGAGACGCAGACAUUAAUUGAUGAAAUAGCUUCUGACAUAUAUACCACUACACCUAAAGAAAAGUUCGAUGUGCUUGAAACUACGUCAAUAAACCCAGUUGAAAAUGAAAUAAACGAAUCAGACUUACCGAUUUAUUCUCCAGGAAGAAUACCUGGAGAAGGCGAUUGUCUUCUCAAUACGGUAACAUACCAAAAUAAUUCGGUUGUACCAAGCACUAAUAACUGUCACACGAGUUGCAAAUGCAUCAGUAGUAUCAUAAAAUGCGAGCCUAUAGUUUGUAGCGCGCCACCUGAAUAUAUGAAUGAUUGCCAACCAAUUUAUGAUUCGCCAGAUUCCUGCUGCCCAACAUAUGUUUGCAGUACAAAGGAAACAACUCCACCAGAAUCACACAACCAGAUGUCAGAAUCAGAAAGUCCUAAACCUAUUCUAGCCAUUGAAUGCAGUUCUCCAGAUUGUAAAUCAGUGGAAGACAAGUUUGCAGCUCUUGAUUGUUCUAAUAAUGAAUGUGUACCUAAAGAUAAGGUUCAAAGUCAGGAUACACCAAUUUCUUGUGAUGAUGAAAACUGUAAAGUAGAUUCGUUACCUCAAACUCAUCCCGACUUACAUCAUGAUGCACCUGUAGAAUGUUCUGCAGAAAAUGGAUGCACUAAGCCUAAAGAUACACAAACAGGAAAUGACUGCCUUGACGGAAACUGUAAAGUAGAACCAGCUCCUGAAUGUACUGGGUCCGAUUGUAAUCUUGAAAUAACGAAAGACACUACACAUAAAGAAUCAGUCGCUACAACUCCUGAGUAUUCUGCAAAUGAACUGACAGUAAAACCAGAUACUACAGAUAAAAUUGAAACACAAACCGAAUCUGAAAACAAAUUUGAUUUAUCCACUCAGGGUUUGAAUAUUGAAAGUCAACCUACUGGGGAAUAUAUAACGGUACCUACACUAUCAAGUACUGAAAUACCUCAGACCGAAACCUCACAAUCAGGAGAUAUUGUAACCGCUAGUCAUGAAGUAACUCAUCCACCAGACUAUUAUACAACUCAUGUUGACACAAUUUAUACAGAACCAAGUGCAGUUGGUGAAACUGAAUCUGAUGUAUCCAAACAACAGCAAAGUACUUCGGAACCAAUAACAUCCGAGUUCGAUGAUAGCUACAAAGACGUUUCUCAAGGUACCUCUGACCAAACAACUGCACGAACAAAUGAACAAGCUGUAACCGAAGGUGAAACUGUAACAGUCGGUUCAUACGAAACAAAACUUGUUGAACCAGUUACAGAAGAAAUAAGCGUAACAUAUUCUCAAGAACCGAAUAAAGAACCAAUUACUCCAGCAGUUGGACAGGUUACCGAAAUCAAUGAAGAUGCCACCAAACUUCCUACAGAGAGCACACAUGACGCAACAGAAAGCAUUCUCAAGGAAACUGCAACUAGUCAAGAACCAGUACAAUCAGAAGUUGUACAAGAAGAUACUGAUAUGCCUGACAUAAUUGGCCCAACUAUUUCUGGAAGUACGAUAACUGAAACAAUUGAAAGUAGUACAUUAUCAUAUUCUAAGGCCACUGAAAGUGAGCACAAAUUAAUUACCAAAUUAGAUGAGCACUAUACUGAAACUCCAAGUUCACUUGGAUAUGAAGACAAAGCUACAGAAACAGUAUCGGUUAUAACAGAAUCGAAUGUAAAAAUAACGGAUGCUGAAGUUACAGAAUCUGGCGAAUAUAAACCAGUUCCUGAUGAAACUAAAGAUAAAAUAACUGAUGUACCAGAAAUACAUACUGAAUUGCCUAUGACAGAGGUGACUAAAUUAACCAAACCGAGAUUGGAUACUACAACAUCACCCGAUGUUACAGAAUCUGAUCAAGAUCAUGUAACUGUAAGAAUUGAAGAACAAACUGAAACAUCUCCAGUUGAACAUAAAGAAGUCACUACUGAAUCUAUAAGUACGGAUGCUAAUAUUAUUCAGCAACAACAAACAACUGAGCAACAAUUAGAUUUGGUAACAUCGGCUAUAUUACGUGACAGGGAAAGCGAAAACGCAAUAACGGUGGAGGUUCCUACUGAGAGAAUAGUGGGAGGUGAUGUAACAAUGACAGAAUUAUUAGAAGGGGUACAAGAAACAUAUACUAGUGUACCUGAAAUUAAGAUAACAAAAAUUAGUACUAGUUCACAGUCUGGAUAUAAUUAUCAAUCGACAUCUCCAAGGUUCGACGAAAAGGUUGAAACAACUGCUCGUCCCAUUGAUGAAGAAUUAAUAAACAUAACUACCGAAAGAGAACCAGAUGUCACAUCUGAAACGAUAGCUUCUGAUAUCACAGAGAAAGAACAGCAAGAAGUAGGCACCACAAGGCCCCAGGAAAAUGUACCAAUGAUACAAGAUACUAAACAUGAAUAUUAUACAACAGAAACUAGUUACCAAGCUUCAUCUCAAGCAACUACUUAUGAAGAUUUAUCAGAUAAACUAGACGUUACGACAGUAUCCCCAAUUCACGUAGAAGAAACUGCAACGACACAAAAGCAGGAAGAGCUUUCAAGUACCGAGCGAGUUACCUCUGAGAUAAAUAAGGAUGACGAACAGCAGGUACCUGUUGCCACUACCUCCUAUCAUGAGGCCACUACGGAUGUAGUGUCUGUAACUGAUACAAUGUCACCCACGUACAGCUCUGAAGCUGAACAACCAUCUAUGAAUACUCAGCAAGAAACAGAUGUUAAAUCAGAAACUACUGAAGCCAACAUAAAAUAUGAAGACACACAUACUACAGAAUCAGAAAUAAAGGUGAAUGUGGACUUAGAAGAUACACUUGGCCCGAGUACUGUAUCUCAAGGUUAUGAUGUGGAACCACAUACUGAAAGUAUUAAACCUGAUAUACCAACAAAAGAAGAAACUUACACGGUAAUUCCAAGUGACACUGAAACAGAAAAACCAUCCAAAGAAAUGGAAAUGGAACAAGAAAAGAUCACAGAAAUAUCCGAACCAGUAACUGUAAUUCCAGAAAAGGCGGAGACCACCAUUGGCAUCAAAAAAAUUGGUAGUGAAACAAAAUCUCCUGAAACAUACACGACAUCGAUACGAGAUAUUGUCUUUGAUACUUCUACAGUUGUUUCAGAUGUAAGUGAGUACGAAACAAAGGAAUUAGUAACUGAAGCGCCUUUUAUUUCGACUACUCCUAAAGCCAUUGAUACCAACGUAGAAAUUACUACAGUUAAGGAAGUUGGAGAAGAAGCUGAUAUUGAACAACAUACUGAAGCUGGCUCUGGUGAGGAGGACAUUGUCACAAGUUCACCUACGCCUACAAGUGGAAUACAAGAUAAUGAAUUGAAACAAGAUAUUUCUACUUCAGAAAUAUUUACUCCAUCAUCAGCUACGGAAAUACCUAUAGAGGUUACACAAACUUCUAAAGAACAUAAAGAAACUACACCUGCAACAUUCGAAAGUUCCACGCUAAGUUAUGUUGAAACACAAAAAGAUACCUCUUCACCUUCUGAAAUAGAGUCGGCAACAGUCACAAGAGACGUUCAUGAUGAAAGCACGGAAAUAAUGCCAAGUAUUGAUGAAAGUACUUUACAAACAAGACAACCUGAAGAAUUAGAACCAGAGGUUAGUACUGAAAAGAUUGUUAAAGAAAGCACUGAGCCACAGCCAGAACGUAAUGACCAAGAAAGUGAAAGACCUCUAGAAGUGUCUACGCCUACUUCAAUUCAUGAGGAAAUAUCUACUCCUCAGUCAGCAUUAUCACUAGUUACUGAUGAAUCUGAUAAGAAAUACAUAAAGCCUCAUACUGACCUUACUUCAACAAUUCCUGUACAAGAUAAGGACACAUUUACAACAGAAACUUCAUUCGUUGAUCAAGGGCUAUCUAGCACUGAAAAAUUAGCCACAAAACCACAAGAAAUAUUAACUACCAUUCAACAAGAACCUUUAGAACAUGAAGAACAAACUACUUCGUCGGGCGAGAAACUAUAUAGCCCUGACUUAAGUACAUAUCCUGAAGUUAUAUCUGAAUAUCCAGAAAGGACAACAGUCGUACAAAUUACAGAUAAGGAAAAAGAAAUAGCUCAAUCACCUAUUACAGAAGUGUCUCAAACAAUACUACCAGAAACUACAUACGAAAGCCACCCAGUAACACAAGAAUCUACAGCUAGCCAAAUAUUAUUCGAUACGACAACACAAAAAUUACUGGAAACAGAAACAGAAAAGGAAGAUACUCUUGAGAAAACGACAAAAUCACCGACAGAUUAUGAGGAUAAAUACGAUACCGAAACUACCGUAUUAGACAGAGAAAAAGAAAAACAAUCGACUACGAAAGAGACCGUACCAAACGUUAGUGAUUAUGGAACAACACAACCGGUAGAAAUCUACAGUGAAAAAGAGGAUAUUGUCACUAAACUCCCGAGUGAUUUUACAGAUAAACAAACAACAGAGCAAACAGAAAAGGUGCCAGACACACAAGAAGCAACAAGUGUAUCACCAGACACAAUAAGCGAUAAGGAUAGUGAAAGUCAAUUACCAACUGAACAAUCGAUACCAAGCAUAGACCAGCAUGAUGUUACUACAGCACUUCCGACAGAAAAGGUAACCGAAAAAGAAACCGGUGCCGAGGAAUCAACCAAUGCGGAGGUACCUACAGUACCGGUUGAGGAACAAACAGAAAAAGAAAUUUUGAGGGAACCUAAUAAGGACAUUCUUGAAACUACAACAUUUGUGGCAAUUGACAAACAAGAGGGUGCUGAAGUUACCUCAGUAACAGAAGAGUCUACCGAAACUAGCUCCUACGAAAGAACGACUCUUAAAUCACCUCAGGAAGACACUGAACAUGAAACUGUAACUCAACAAACAACGCAAGAAGAGAUCUUAUCCCAACCGACAACGUUGCGAUUACCAGAAAAAGAAACUGAAAAAGAAACUGAGUCUGGCGUUCAGUUGAUUGACACAACUUCAGACACAUUAUUCACGACAUUAAGUGCAUCGUCUUCAACACCAACUAGUAAAUUACCUGAACCUACAGAUGACACACAAAAAGUAACCGAACCAGCAAUGGAAUAUAGUGAAACAACUCCAUACCUUAUAGAACUUCAAGAGCAUACUCAUCAAUCAACUGAUGAAUUGUCUUCAAAAAUGCCAACUGAGGGAGAAUCGACAACAGAACAAUACAUUUCUGAACACCCAGACCGUGGAGAUAUUCCUCAUAAAGAUUAUGAUGAGAACGUUACGCCGACUAGCCCCAAUGAAAGUAUGGACGUGACUACACCUAAAGAGAAUAAAUCAACUACUACAACCAAAGUUAUGCACGAUGAAACACCUACUGAGGCUGAAGUAACAACGGCGCAAUCUCCAUCAGAAAUACCUAAAGAAGAAGACAGGUACACUAUCUCACCAAUUGAAACAGAAAAACCAUUAACGACGCCUGAGAUUGAAGCUCAUACAGAAAAACACAUACCUGGUGAUUACGAAUCUCAUAAACCUGACGUUUCUGAAGAUGUCACAAUGCCAACAGAGGAAGCUGUUAAGGAAACCAUGUCUCCUGUGUUUACUAAGCCUACCGAAGAAUCUAUAGUCCACACUGAUGAUUUAUAUAAACACGAAGAAAAACCAAUCGAAGGUACAGAAGUUUCUAAGCCAGAAUUGAACAAACCUUCUGAUGAUCUUCCGUCUCCAGACUUUCCCCCCAGUGGAGCCGGUGGAUACGGACAAGAACCCGAUUACGGAGAUAGUGAAGACCAAGCCUUUGGACCAGGAACUUGUCGAUACGGUGGAAAAGUAUAUGUUUCAGCUCAACAAAUACCAAGAGAUGAUCCUUGUGAUUUCUGUUUCUGCUUUAGAAGUGAUAUCAUAUGCUUACAACAAAGUUGCCCACCUCCAAUUCACGGCUGCCACGAAGAACCUAUACAAGGCUUCUGCUGUCCACGCUACGAGUGUCCAGUGUCCAUGGCGACCACUCUCAAUGUCACUACAACUACUACCACCACUACUACAACACUACCUCCUCAUUUCUUACCGCAUGCUUACAAGGGUGCGGCACAAAGAAGAGGUUGUCAAAUUAAGGGUCACACAUAUAAGGUCGGAGAAGUAGUACGAGCUUCGUCAGGGCCGUGCUUACACUGCACUUGUGGAGGGGACGGACAAAUGAAAUGUGAUCCUAAAGCGUGCACGCCGGAGCCCAUGCUGAGGCAAAUGAUCGCCGCCGCGGUGUCUGCGAAGAGACGAAGGUGAAAUACCUUCGAAGAGAAGUCAAAUUAGUACAGCAUAUCAUCACAAGAAUAAAAGUCUAUGUGAUGGUAACAUUCAUGUAUUCUUUUAUGCACAAGAAAAUGCUCAAAUUUCGCGAUAAAUUAGAUUAAGGUUUCGUGUCAUAUAAUAAUGCUACUAGUAUUUUUUUUAGUUUUCAUAGUGUCAUGGCACGCACAACUCAUAUCUAUGAAAAAACCAUGACUGUGAUUGAAAUUUUAUUUAAUAUUUUUGAGUCAAGAUAUUAUAAUGAGCAAUUAAUUGUUUGUUUACAAAAGUUAGUGCCAAACGAUAGAACUAAGUGUUUAUGCAGGUAAAGAAAGACAUUCUAAAUUUUAUUCUUAAAAAUAUUUUUUGUAUAAUAUUUUUACUUUGAUGACCGAACGGAGCUAAUUAAUGUUUCGAGCUUCAGGGUCAGCUUAGAUCGCCGAAAUCUUGACCAUUUAUAACAUUAUUAUUAUACUUAAUUAAUUGUUUUACCGAUAUAAGCUUAGUCAAAUAUUUUAUGCUUACACGAUGUUACAUGCGAUCAAUCUAGUAUCGUGUAAGUAUGAAAUUAAAUAAGAAACUCAGAUGUUGUAAAUGCCUUAUAUUAAUUUGUAAUAAUUUAUAUAUUUUAGGUGUAUAGUACUUAAGCCAUGUUUUGAGACCAGUGACUAUUUUAAUUUAGGAAUAAAAGGCCCUUUACAUGAAACAGAAAAGUACCAGUCGACGUGUCGGCGUAUAGCGGAGCCUCGGCUGCUACUUUUCCUCAUCCGACCUUAGAGAAAACGACACGACGUCAAUCUUGUUUUCUUUAAUCUUGGAAAAGUACAAUUUACACUAGCACUUAAAGUGAACGCGGCCGACUGCUGUUUUAGGAAAAACUUUUAUGAUGUAUCAAAACGUCGGAGACCUUUUGUAACUUUUGAUACGAACGUGCUGGUAGACUCUAGAACAGACGACAGGUCGAGGUCGGUACAGAGGCGUCGCGUCGCGCGCCGUUGCGGCCGGCGACGCGCAGAGGGGCCGGCCGCAUUAGUUUGUACAGACCUCCUCCUGAUUUGUAGUUAUAUUAUACCUCUAUUUAUUUAAAGUUAUAGCAAUAGUGAUAAAUAUUUGUUUAUACCGGUGAUAAAUUGUAGUUCCAGCCGAUACGAUGUUACAAAACGACACACGAAAUAAUGUCCAUUAAAUUUAUUUCCUCUCGUGUUUAUUUCAAUUAACUAAAAUAGUUUUAAUACCUGGCUCUACAUAAAACUGUCAAA